AUGUCCAGCCAGCCGCUCCUCCAGACUGCUCCGGGCAAGCGCAUCGCUCUCCCAACCCGCGUCGAGCCCAAAGUCUUCUUCGCCAAUGAGCGUACCUUCCUCUCGUGGCUCAACUUCACCGUCAUCCUCGGCGGCCUCGCCAUUGGCCUUCUCAACUUCGGUGACAAGGUCGGCAAGAUUAGCGCAGGGCUAUUCACCAUUGUUGCUAUGAUGGCCAUGGUAUACGCGCUGUUCACAUUCCACUGGCGCGCGAAGAGCAUAAGGAUGAGAGGCCAGGGUGGUUUCGACGACAGGCUCGGCCCUACUAUCCUUACGCUGGCGCUGUUCGCCGCUGUCGUUGUGAACUUCGUGCUGAGGUUGACCAUGGCUGAUGGCAAAAAGCACUAG